GGCAGCGAAGCAGUGGCAGGAGUGAUCGAUCUUGGCACGGUAGAAAUAUUUCCAGUCUUUGGUGCCAUGCAGAGAGGUCUGAUAGAUCAGGACACUGGCCUCAUCCUCCUGGAGGCCCAGGUUAUCACCUCUGACUUGGUUGUUCCAGAGACCAACGAGAAACUCUCCUUGGAGAAAGGUCUGUCAAGAAACAUCAUUGAUCUCAGGACAUUCCAGGUGCUGCAGGAAUUGAAGGAUGCUCUUCAGCGGGUGGAAGAAAUCAGACGUGAAGGGAGGCAGCUCCUCCCUGUCGUUGCUGCGAUAGAGGAGGGGAGGAUCAGUGAGAGCAUUGGGCUAAAGAUUCUUGAAGUUGAACUUGUCACCGGGGGCUUUAGAGCCCCCCAGGGCAGAAUCAGCAUGGAGACAGCAAUGCAAGAAAGGCUCCUCACCCCCCAGCUUUAUUCCAGGCUUCUGUCUCACCUGGAGAGCAGCAAGGAUUUGAUUGACCCCAACACCGCUGAGAAGAUCAGUCUGCCCGAGCUCCUGCACCGAUGCAUCGUCCACCAGGAGACUGGGCUGAGGCUGCUCCCAGUCAAGCAGCUGCCAGGUGGGAUGGUGAGCUUGAAAUCGGGCAGAAAGGUCGGCAUCUUCCAUGCCAUCCAGGAAGGGCUGAUAGACAGGCAGGUGACGGUCAGGCUGCUGGAAGCCCACCUCUUCGCUGGUGGCAUUGUUGACCCCAGGACAGGGCACAGGCUAACCGUGGAUGAGGCCGUGAGACAUAAUUUAAUUGACCAAGAUUUGGCGUGCACGCUGCUUAUCCGGCAGCUGCAGACAGGUGGCAUCAUCGAUACAGUCACCGGAGAGAGACUGACAAUUGAUGAAGCUGUCAGGAAAGAGUUGGUGGCACCAAGGAUUGCGUUGGUGGUCCUGGAAUCCCUCUGGUCCUUCAAGGGGCUCCUGUGGCCAGAGACGGGGGAGAUCGUCCCGGUUUCAGAUGCUUUAGAGCAAGGAAUCCUGAGCACAGAGAUGGUUCACAAGAUCAUCAGCAAGAGACAACUCAUUAAGGCUGUCUUCAUACCUGAAACCACCGAGGUGUUGUCCUGGAAGAAAGCAGUUGAACAUGGCGUCUUGGAGAGAGAUGUGGCAAAGAAGCUGAAGUCAACGGUCAUACCCGACGUCAUGGCCAACACGCAGCUCGCUGGCUCUCCGGGCAGAGGCAGGCAUGGGCAGAGCUCUUCUGGAAGGAGUCCCACGGGUCCCAAAGAGCAAAGUGACCCUCUGCUGCGGAGUGACGACGAAAGGCUGGUGUUCCACUUGAUGACCCACAGCUACAUCAACAUCCACGAUGGCCAGAAGCUGCUCUUAGUGGAUGGAGAGUUGAACAAUCUCACCAAAGCCCUCAUCCAAACCCAAGAAAAUGGAUCCCUGUUGGAGGAGAGCAGAGGCUUUGAGGAGACAAAGGUGGAUGCUGCUCUUGAAGAAGAGCCCUGCAAUGGCUUGGCUUCACAGGAGCUUGAGUUUCAGUUUGCUCCUUCAAAAGAACAAAGCGAAAAGGUCCUGCCACCUAGAACUGCUCUGGAGAAUGGGGAGGUGGUGAUAGGACCUGAAAGCCUCCUGGUGGAGGAUGCAGAAGAUAUCCCGCUGGUGGAGGAGCAAAAGCAGGUUUAUACCCAACAAGCCACCAUCAAGAGUGAAGCUGAUGCUAAAUAUGGAAGAGAGCAAGUAGAUUCUGCAAGCAAGGACAACCAUCAGGUGACUUUACUGAUGCCAGGACAUCCCAGCGACCUUGGUAGUGGAUUCAAAGAAGCAAAGGAAAUGAUAAUUGACACAGAAGAGUCCAAGCCUACCACAGUAGAAGGAGUUGAAAGUGUUGAAGAUCAGAGGAGAGAAUCAGAACGUGGGGCAGUUGUUGUGAAAAGCGAAAUCUAUGUAUCGAUGGGUGUUUCAGGAAGCAGAGGUAGACUGGAAAUCACGGCAGAGAGGUCUCAGGGUGUGGAGGAACCUGAACCGGAGGCAGAAGAUGUUAGAGAGAUUUAUUUGCUAAAUGAAGAAAUUAUAGAGAAUGGUGUGAUGGGAGGAGAGGAGAUUGUCCUCUCUAAAACUGGAGAGGCAGAGCAAACAGAGAGGGAAAGUGAAGCUACAGAAAGUGUAUUGGAGGUGGAAGAAGGAGAGGAGGAGGAAGUAUUAGGUGAUGAGAGGGUUGCUGGAACGUCCCUGCCAGCCCCUGCAGAGCUGGAAGGAGAGGACGCUUUGGAAACGCUCUUAACGCAGCUGCAAAGCGGUGGCAUUGUCCAUGAGCAGACAGGCAAGACCCUGCUUCUCAACGAAGCCGUGGCCUGUGGAGUGGUGCCCAGCCACACCGCAGUGAAGCUCAUGGAGAAAACCAAGAUGUUCAGCGGCUUCUUUGACUCUCAUACGUGUGAAUCACUAACCACCGAGGAUGUCAUUGAGGAAGGUCUGAUGGAUGAGAAGCUCCUCCAGAAGGUACUCGCGUCCGACAAAGCGAUAAGUGGCGUCCUUGACCCAGGCAAUAACUUCGUCUACUCCAUCAAGGAUGCCGCUGCCGUUGGCCUUCUAGACAAGGAAACGGCAACGAGGAUCUUGGAAGGGCAAGUGGUUACUGGAGGGAUCGUGGACUUGAAACGUGGCAAAAAAAUAUCAGUGACGUUGGCGUCAAAUCUGGGCCUCAUCGAGCCAACAAGUCAGAAAGAGCUGGUCAAGCUGGAGAAGGCUUCCAAAGGGAAAGGCACUGAUGAGGUGACCAGAGAGAAGCUCCUUAACUUACAGGCUGAGACCAGUGGAAUCGUGGAUCCUAGAACCAAGCAGCCUUUGACUGUUGCCCAGGCUGUUGAAAAAGGGCUCCUGGAAAAGGAAAAAGCUGUUCAGCUCUUGACCAAGCAGGUCGCUGAUGGAGGAAUCAUCCAUCACGUCUCUGGGAUGAGGUUGUCGGUAAACGACGCGAUGAAACAUGGUUUGAUCAAUCAAGAUUUGUGUAACGAACUCACAAAAGCUGAAAGUGUGUGCCUGCGGGAGUACGUUCAUCCGGUCACAAAGGAGAAGCUGCCCUUGGCCCAGGCGGUGUCGUUAGGGCUCGUUAGUCUGGACUUCCAGAGGAAGGUGCAAGAAAUCCAGGCUGGGAGUGGAAGCGUUUUUGAUCCAGCUUCUGGCCAGAGAUUGGCGCUGUGUCGAGCGGUGGAGGAGGGCUUGCUGCCCCAGCAGGUUAUGGAGAAAGUCCUGUCGUCUCCAGAAAUGAGAGAAGGAAUUGUAGAUCCCGAGACCUGCACCAUCGUUCCCUACUCGGAGUUCCUAAAGAAGUGUAAGAUCGACAUCGAGUCCGGCCAGCGGUAUCUGGAGGUCCAUCCCUUCAGCGCCAUCAAGGACGAGGCGAUGGGGCAGAAGCUGAGGUGCGCCGAGGCGGCACAGGUGGACAGUGGGGGGAUGGUGGAGGGGACGGUCAGCAAGAGGCUGUCCCUGAGGGCUGCCGUGGAACGAGGGCUGCUGGACGAGGAGAUGGCCAAAGUCAUCGCCACCAACCAGAUGAGGACCGGGGGGAUUGUUGAUGCGAGCAGUGGGAAGAGAUUGACUUUAAAGGAAGCUGUUGAAAAUGAACUGAUUAGCCAAAAAUUAGCUGCUGCUCUUCAGGAGGGACAAAUAUCUGAAGAAAAAUAUGGUUCUGAGGUCUGCAAAGGAGAGAAGUCCCACGUUUUCCAGGAAAAAAUGGAGAUCUCUCCAAAGAAGGAAGAUGUCAUCUUCUCUACCAGUGCUGCUAAGAAAUGGGAUGGUGCUGAGCAUGAAGCCAGGUCUGAAGCCAGGAGCUACGACGUGGCUGGAGGUGCUGCCGCCAAGAGAUCCCUGGUGACACUGACAGAAGGGAAAGCAAAACCUCAGGAAGCUUCAGAGGAUGGUGUGACCCAUCAGCCCCAAGAAGAGGUUGGAGUGACUCCAGAAUCCCCCUCAGCGCUGGGCAUGGUGUCGCUCUCCGCAGAGACGGUGGAGGUACGGGCUGUGGAAAGGGGGAUGGCAGGAAGGAGCUCCCAGGUGAGAGCAGCUCAAGGGAAGGAAUUGGGGAGAGAAGUAGAUGGAGGGAUGGAGAAAGUGGAGAGACUGGGAUUGCAGGAAGAGCAGCUGUUCUUGGACACGGAGACGCUUCCCAGGACGGAGGACAGUGAGGAGAGGAGGAGGAGGAAAGGGUUUGUAAGUGCCGAGGGAGUUGUGGCAAGUGAAGAAGGUGCCGUGGUGGCUUCGGAGCAAGGAGAGGGGAGCCUGGACCGGGUGACACCCACAGAACCUGUUGUUGUGGGUCGAGGGAAGGGAGAGGUGGGUCCUGGGGAGUCUGGAGAACCCCCUGGGGCUGGCAUGCCCACGAAGCCUGCGGGAGACGAGCUUGCAGGUGGAAAAACUGUUGGGUACAUCGAAGGAGAAACCUUGAGUCUGGGUGCAGAAGGUCCAGUUGGUCAAGAAAAAACAAGUGAAACUGAGCUAAAACCUGGCCAAAAAGAGAAAAGCAAGGAAAAGAAAACGAAGCAGACGGGGGAAGCUCGAGAGGUGGUGAAAGGUGGGAUCAGAAAUGGUCACGAUGCCUCGGCGGCAUUUAUCCUGGAGGAGAGGGUGACCCAGGAACCCACCCAGCUGGAACCCACGGGUGACGUGUCCGGUGUGGUGGCAGAUGAACCACCCGGGGAGUUGAUCAUCAGAGAGGAACCCCAAGAAAUUCAGGAAACCUCCGCAGCCCUUGAGCCUGGAGAGGAGACGUGGCAGGAGCAGCCAGCAGAGAUCAGCCCAGGCCAAGGGGGUGCCCCUGUGCCCCCCACGUCCCAGGGAGAAGCCCCCCAGGAGAGGAGCAGGCAGCCGGGUCCCGGCGAGCGGGGCUUGCUCUUACCGGUGAUAGUGGAGGGGGAGCUGCUGGAAACCUCGAGGGAAUCUGCGAGACCAGCCCAGAUCAUGUUCAGCAAGAAGAUGUGCCUGGAGCACGACGAGAAGCUGAUAUCCUAUCUCUCCAUGCUCCGAGAUAUCGAGAUGAGAAUCAAACGCGUGCAGGCGGCGGAGCAGAACCUGGCGGCGCUGCACGACCUGCUGCGGCAGGCAGAGGUGCUGGGCACUGAGCUGCGGGAGCUGAGCUUCCCCGUGAAUCAGGAGUUGGACGCCGUGAAGUGGAUUGUGGCCAACCCCCCUGAAGAGGUCCCUGAGCAGUUACUGAAAGCUUUGGAGAAGGAUGCCAAGAACCUCCAGAAGUCUUUGAGCUCUGCAAAUGAUGUCCUGGAGUCCCGGCUGCAAAACCUUCGUGGGGCAGCAGAAACCGAGAAGGCUAAAAUCCUGGCACAUCACGAGACUCUCCAGGGCAAGCUCCAAGAGCUGCUGAGCUGGGUCUCUGGCACCGCCGAGUCGCUGGACGGUGACGAUUCCCACCCCGCGACGGAUGCCAGCAGCCUGAGUCGCAGCCUCCAGCGCUACCAGGAGCUGAAGGAGCCCCUCGCUGACACCAAGUCUCAGCUGGACGCCACUGCCUUCGACAUCCAGUUCCUGAUCUCGGAGCACGCCCAGGAUCUGACCCCCCAGCAGAGCAGGCAGCUGCUGCGGCUGCUCAACGAGCUGCAGAAAGCGUUCCGGGACCUGUCGGAGCGCGUGACGGCGCGGGUGGAGGUCCUGCAGGUCUGUCUCCAGCAAGUGGAGCAGACGGAUCAGGUGAAGAUCGGGAGCCAUCUGCUUCCUGGCUGCGGUGUGUGCUCGCUGAAGCGCUUCCCGGCCACGAGGAC